GGGGAUGCCACGGCGUAACGGACAGCGGAAACAUUGAGCGUGUCAGCUGAAUUAAUAAAUAUUUCACCGAUACAGAUAGGUGGUUACAAUUACUCCAUUAAACGCACCGGGAAAAGAAAUCUGUUCAUGCUACACAAAAACUGUCUAUCCCUUCGGAAAAUAUAAUUGCAACUGAAGGAACUCAACAAUCGAUAAUCUACAAAAGUGAUUUAGGCAAAAUGAAGAAGAGCACUUUGGCCAAACGGGGCCCCCAAGAUGUCAGCCAGCUGUCCUCGCAGACAGAUAAAGUCGGUUGGAUUCGCAAGUUCUGUGGCAAAGGAAUUUUCAGGGAAAUCUGGAAAAACCGUUUCGUGAUACUGAGAGGAGACCAUCUGUACAUCUCUGAAAAAGAGGUGAAGGAUGAGCGUAAGGUGCAGGAGGUGUUCGACCUGGCGGACUAUGAGCGCUCUGAGGAGCUGAGGAAGGCCAAGAGCCGCAGCAAGAAGAACCACAGCCGCUUCACCCUGCUGCGCUGCCGACAGCCUGGGAACACGGCUCCUAACCUGAUGUUUCUGGCCGUGAGUCCUGAGGAGAAGGAGUCUUGGGUCAACGCCCUCAACCUUGCCAUCGUCAAAGCCAAGAACCGCAUCCUGGAUGAGGUAAUCAUCCAGGAAGAGAGCGUCCUGGUCCAUCCGACCCGAGACCGGGCCAAGAUCCCUCACGGGCGUCGUCUGCCCACCAGGGGACACCUGCUGGCCGUGGCCUCUACUUCCUCUGACGGCAUGCUGACCCUUGACCUGGUCCACGAGGAAGACGGCUUCUACCAGGAGGACAUCGAAGCAGGGUUCUGGGGGCGGGGCUACCGGGUCGACCAGGACCGGCAUCGGACCAAGGGGCGCCAGAGAGCGGGCACGGACGUCUCCAAGCUGCGCGUGACCUCCAGGGAACCUCGGGUUAAGACAGGCAGCCUGCCUCGCGGGAGUGAGCUCUCCUGGGGAAGGCACGGCACCAACCACCUGGAUGGCCAUCCCCAAAACCAGGCCCAGGCUCAUCCCCAAGCUCGCCCACAGCCCCAGGCCCAGUCCCGCACUCCCCAGCCUGGGAAGAGAAUGAGCAUCCAGGGCAGGAGCCGCUGCGCUUCCAUGGACGAGGUUCUCUCCUCCAGGCCGGUCCGCUCCAGGUCCGACCUGCGGCCCCAUCCCAGGGAGGAGGGGGUCCAGGCGGGCCCGGUGGCCCAGGCCGAGGGCCCCCCCGUGGGCCAGCUCCAGAGCCUCAUCGCCCAGAAGAUGCAGCGCGCCCAGGAGCUUCUGGAGGAGAUGAGGCUGCAGGAGCUUCAGCGCGCCCGGGGCGGCGGCGACUCAGCCUACCUGAAGGGUAUUGACUCGCCCCGGCUACACCACCUCCGCGGGUCGGACUCACCACGCUCCCGCUCCUCGGGGUCCUCCCCCCGCAGCCGGAGCAGCGACUCCCCCCGGCUGAGGGGUAAAGACUCGCCCAGGCUUCGUGGGAAAGACUCGCCGCGGGUCAAGGGGAAGAGGUCACGCUCUAAAGCCACUGACUCGCCCCACUCGAAGGGCGGCGACUCGCCCGUUCUGAAGGGUAGCGACUCGCCGCGCCUGAGAGGCUCUGACUCACCCAGACUUGGCAGCUUUGACUUGUCUCGUCCGGGAGAGUCAGACUCCGGCCAGAGGGCUCCUGACUCUCCUCAGGCGGGUGAAGACACAGAAUCCUCGGCCCGCAGGAGCGAAGACUCCCCCGGUAUGAAAGGAACUGACUCACCCUGCCUCAGGGGCUCUGACUCGCCACGCAGCAACGACUCCAACUCGCUUCCAAAGGGCAAGGAGUCCCUGGGGGCGGCCGGUAAAGACCUCAGAGCUCAGGACUCCCCCUCUCUAAAGGGCUGUGACUCGCCUCACGCGAAGCGUGUCGAUUCGUUGGCCUGCAAGGCCCCUCCCCCCGGGGGCGAGACGUACGAGGUGGAGCGUCGGCGGGCGGAGGCGGAGCAGCUCCUGGAGGAGGCGGUGAGCUCCUGGAAGGAGGCGCAGGAGGUGCUGGAGGAGGUGAAGGAGCUGCAGACGCAGACGCUCCGACGGCGACGGCGACGGCCCUCCGGAGAGACGGACGCCACGGACACGCCCCCCUCGCCGUCACGGGACGAGGAGGAGGAGGACACUCCGUGAUUUGGGGCGGCUUUUUGCGUCGCCCAAAAAAAGACUGCGAUUGGGUGAAAUAUUGCUAGUUCUUCCUGUUGUGAAAGCGCACUAGAGAGGCAUGAUGGGGCCUCUGCACAUUCUCUUUAUAUAUAUAUACAUGUGUCACUUCUACAAUAUUUUGUCUGGCGUUAUUUGCUAUAAAUGUUCAAACACAAAAGGUCUUGAGUGAUCUGGCCCCCUUCGAACAGUCCCUGCCCAGACAGUCUGAACACGGACAGUCUGUGAUGCCGGACGAGCAUGGAGUGUAAUGAGAGGAUGAGAGGGAGGAUCAGAGGAUGAGAGCGUAGAGG